AUGCGCUCCAUUAGGAAGAGGUGGACGAUCUGCACAAUAAGUCUGCUCCUGAUCUUUUAUAAGACAAAAGAAAUAGCAAGAACUGAGGAGCACCAGGAGACGCAACUCAUCGGAGAUGGUGAAUUGUCUUUGAGUCGGUCACUUGUCAAUAGCUCUGAUAAAAUCAUUCGAAAGGCUGGCUCUUCAAUCUUCCAGCACAAUGUAGAAGGUUGGAAAAUCAAUUCCUCUUUGGUCCUAGAGAUAAGGAAGAACAUACUUCGUUUCUUAGAUGCAGAACGAGAUGUGUCAGUGGUCAAGAGCAGUUUUAAGCCUGGUGAUGUCAUACACUAUGUGCUUGACAGGCGCCGGACACUAAACAUUUCUCAUGAUCUACAUAGCCUCCUACCUGAAGUUUCACCAAUGAAGAAUCGCAGGUUUAAGACCUGUGCAGUUGUUGGAAAUUCUGGCAUUCUGUUAGACAGUGAAUGUGGAAAGGAGAUUGACAGUCACAAUUUUGUAAUAAGGUGUAAUCUAGCUCCUGUGGUGGAGUUUGCUGCAGAUGUGGGAACUAAAUCAGAUUUUAUUACCAUGAAUCCAUCAGUUGUACAAAGAGCAUUUGGAGGCUUUCGAAAUGAGAGUGACAGAGAAAAAUUUGUGCAUAGACUUUCCAUGCUGAAUGACAGUGUCCUUUGGAUUCCUGCUUUCAUGGUCAAAGGAGGAGAGAAGCACGUGGAGUGGGUUAAUGCAUUAAUCCUUAAGAAUAAACUGAAAGUGCGAACUGCCUAUCCAUCAUUGAGACUUAUUCAUGCUGUCAGAGGUUACUGGCUGACCAACAAAGUUCCUAUCAAAAGACCCAGCACAGGUCUUCUCAUGUAUACACUUGCCACAAGAUUCUGUGAUGAAAUUCACCUGUAUGGAUUCUGGCCCUUCCCUAAGGAUUUAAAUGGAAAAGCGGUCAAAUAUCAUUAUUAUGAUGACUUAAAAUAUAGGUACUUUUCCAAUGCAAGCCCUCACAGAAUGCCAUUAGAAUUCAAAACAUUAAAUGUGCUACAUAAUAGAGGAGCUCUAAAACUGACAACAGGAAAGUGUGUAAAGCAAUAA